AUGACCAGCGCGCCGCCGAAGCUAGGGACCGACGGGUCACAUGGAUCUCACUCGCCGAUGGGGUCGCCGCGCCUCAUGUUGUCGCACCAUCUGCCUGGUGUGCUGUCUCCGUAUCGUGACUCUUCCACACGCUUCCAGACACUAGGGAGUCCACGCACGAGCAGUCCUCGCAUCUCGGCGCUGACGCGGGAGGCGUCGUUUGGGUCGUCACACUACCUGACCUCGACAUCGCGACCAGCGUCGCCAUCGCUCCCCCCUCUUGAUUCGACAUACUCGCUCUCGCCGGGUGCUGGUGCGCAGUCCGCGGCGGCCCGCAUGUCGACCCGGCCGCUCCCGCCCCGCCGCAGCUCGGACAUGAGUCGUCUCCCGGGGCCCGGCACCACCGAUGCGGCCGUGUUUGACGAGUCCCCGCUCUCGCCGCGGGUGCAGUCGCCUGUGCCCGGCGACGCAUCGCGCCCCAGUGCCCUGAACAUCGUCACUGGGCCGAGCCGCGGGAGCGACUCUCCUGCGCGCUUCCACGAGGGCUACGUAUCGAGCCCCAAGCGCGAGUCGUUCCGCUACGGCGCGCCGGGCUGGCGACCGUCCCUGAGUGGCUCGCGCGAUGGCUCGCCAUGGUUCGAUGGCCGCAACUCGCCGUUUGCCUCGAGUGCCCUGCGUGGCGGAACGGAUGCCGACAGUGCCUUGCGCGCCAGCGACACAGGCGGCGACGACGUGGCGGCCGCUCGCGCCGCUGGGCCGAGUGCGCCGACGCCCUACACGCGCGCGCUGCGGCCCGAGAGCCAGGUAUAUGCGUAUCGGUCCUCCAGUUUCUCCGGCUCCUCGUCGCCGUACCCUGCGCCCUACAUGCGGAGUAUGUCCUACCGCUCGUCCGAGUGGCCCGUCCCGGACGCGUACGCGGACGGAGCGAUUGCAAGCGAAUUCACACGCAAGCACAAGGUGGAGAGCGAUGCAUACGGCGACAGUGCACCAUCGCCGUACGCCGACUCGUACUAUGCGCCAUACACGCGGGGUGUGCUCGGCGCUGCGCCUCCGUACAAGUACGGGCCUGCGGCGCCGGGCCUGCAGUCGAAUGCGGAGCUGUCGUCGGGCGACGAUGUCUCGGAAGGAGAAAAGGCCGAGGGCACGCCCAGCGCUGCGUCGGGCUCGGCCAGCGCGCGGUACGCGCCCGGCAGCGCUCUGCCGGAGAGCGACUCGGGCGGCCCCAAGCUGCAUGUAUGCGAUGCAUGCAGCAAGACGUUCAGCCGACGGUCGGAUCUGGCGCGGCAUCGGCGCAUCCACACGGGCGAGCGGCCCUUCCCCUGUGUCUUUCCAGGAUGUGGCAAGAGCUUUAUCCAGCGCUCCGCGCUCACGGUGCACUCGCGCGUCCACAGCGGCGAGCGCCCUCAUCAGUGUGAGUUUGAGGGGUGCGGGAAGAGUUUCUCGGACAGCAGCUCGCUCGCUCGCCACCGUCGCACACACACCGGCCGGCGGCCGUACGUGUGCACGGUGCCUUCGUGCGGCAAGAUGUUCACGCGACGUACGACGCUGAACCGACACGUGCGCAGUCAUCAGAUGCCGCUGAAGAAGCGCGCUGUGGACGAGAACCGCUUCCUCGACGAGGGUGCGAUGAGUGAGGACGACGACGAGAGUAGCGAUGGCGCCUAG